GCUGUUUCACUAUUGGGCGACCAGGACACCAGAAUGAGUACUAAAAAGUCUCCUGAGGAACUGAAGAGGAUUUUUGAAAAAUAUGCAGCCAAAGAAGGUGAUCCAGACCAGUUGUCAAAGGAUGAACUGAAGCUAUUAAUUCAGGCUGAAUUCCCCAGUUUACUCAAAGGUCCAAACACCCUAGAUGAUCUCUUUCAAGAACUGGACAAGAAUGGAGAUGGAGAAGUUAGUUUUGAAGAAUUCCAAGUAUUAGUAAAAAAGAUAUCCCAGUGAAGGAGAAAACAAAAUAGAACCCUGAGCGCUGAAGGAAGAGCGCCUGUGCUGUGGUUUUAUCCUAUGCGGAAUCCCCCAAAGUCUCUGGUUUAAUUCUUUGCAAUUAUAAUGAUCUGGCUGUGAG